AUGCUUAAAAAGAGGACGUUGGCUCCGUCCCUCUUCUUCCGGAAUCACACUCCUACCACAACCCCCGAAUUGUCCCCAACCUCCUCAGACAGCGACUCCGAAGAGGAUAUGGAAUCCUCUGGCUCCCGGCCGGUCAGCCUGGCCAUCUCGUCGGGGGCCUUCUCCGUGCGCCCGACGCUCAAUGAGGUGCUAGCCAACAUUGCUCCUCCUCCAUACACCUUGAGCGCCUUCAUGGCCUACCUCUCCCAGAACCAUUGUCUCGAGACCUUAGAAUUCACCCUGGAGGCCAAUCGAUAUAGGGAUUCCUAUCACGCUCUAGCCGAACGACUGGGCUCCGACGCUAUGGAUUCGGAAUGCCCCGAAACUCAGCAUUUGCGAAUGCUCUGGACACGUCUCUUGACCGCAUACAUCUUCCCGGGGUCACCGCGCGAGAUCAACCUGUCGAGCGAAGUCCGAGAUGCGCUUCUGCAGUACACGAAUGUGCCCGCGCCGCCCGUGCCUGAAAUCUUAGAUUCCGCCGUGAACCGCAUUCACGACUUGAUGGAAGAAUCAAUCUUCCUCCCCUUCGUCAAUAGCCAUACUACCUCCCCUUCCAUGGGACCCUCAGAACCCUUCAUGGGACCCGACGACUUCAUGAGUCUAUCGUCGACGAGCUUGGACGAGCACCCCAUGAGAAUGGUCCGGUCGCGUGUGUCGAAGCGCAUCUCCCCGCAGUCGUCUACCAAGGAUCUUACCGCAAUGGGUCACCACCGCUCAACCAUGUCCCUCGGCGCCGUGCAUGCCAUUGGCAAACACUCUCCCGGCGCCCAUGUCAACACUUGCACCAGCGGCGAGUCGGCUUACCUGUCUCUGACUGAUGACUCUGCCUCUCCGCAGUCCAGCCCCACCGCUGAGGAGCCCAUGACGCCGCCUACCACCCCACCUGCCAGCGAGCCGCAUCUUCCCAUCCAAAGCCCCAGACUUCGCACCGAGAACCCUUGGAAGAAGAUGGGGAUGAAGCUUGGAUUCAAGAAGCGUUCCACUGGAGGCAGCAGUGGUAGCUCUCGUGAAUUUAAGAUUCUUGGUCUUGACGACUAA